CCCAUAACAAUGCUAACCAUACCCUCUGUGGCGCUGGGAUGGGAGAUAUUGAUGGGCACAGUUCUAGUUAUUGGCAUUUUAAGCGCAUUUAUUGUAUGCGUUUUGGGAGCCAUUGACGAUAAAUCAGGGCAUAAAUCCGACAAAUUGACCGAGGACGAAAUACUAGCCAUACCCACAUCCUAUGACUUUAAAUACUCGACGGGUAGGGAAGGGCCGGCACAGCUGUUCCGGGAGGAGCACCGGGACCACGACGGCACCGUACGGGGCAAAUACGGUUACGUCGACCCGAACGGCAAACUCAGGGUGGUUGAGUACACGGCCGGCGCCCAGGGAUAUGUGGUGAGCGGCGAUGUGGGACCCGACCCGGCCGUACAGAGCGAGGCUCAGGCCCAACAGCGGGACGACCCGUCCGUCCGGGCACAGGUCAACGCCUGGAGUCGGGCCAAUACGGGUCCGGUGGCCGCCAAUAAUAACCAAUGGAAUGGGGGCUGGAGUUCGGUGGACCCCCUCUGGAACGCCGGCGCUCUACCGCAGGCACCGGCUGGCGCUGCGCCGGCACAGGUCGAGCCCUAUAGAGGCCAACCGCAUAGUCGAGCCAAACCAACGCCGAGACCCGCCCGGAGGGGCCAGUCGUCGGACAGGGUGUGGGACGAUAGGGCCACUCAGACCGCGUGGGACAACAGUAACGGCCAGAGUUGGCCAAAGACCGAGUCGGGCAAUAGCGGCGGCGGUAUUGGCUCUGGGGUUGGGACGGGAAUAGCCGGCGGCGGGUCUGUCGACUGGAACACGUGGAACGCCGACCAACAGUCGUGGUCUAAACCACAACCGCAAAGUGGCCGCGCGUCCAGCGGUGGUCAGUCCGGGGGUCAGUCGUGGACGUCGAGUGUUAACCACGAUUGGCAACAGAGCGGUCAGAGUAGACAAUCCGCGGCUCCUGUAGGUCAGCAACAGUGGGGUCAACCACAACAACAACAACCGCAGUCACAAUCAGCGCCCGCACCGGGAGCUGACCAAUGGAGCCCUCCAUCCGAUGGCCCGACAGCCGGCCAGUGGUCACAACUGCCGCAAAACCCGACCGCUGGACAGUUCACUCAGUUUCGCGAUAAUAAUAAUCAACGGCCGGCGAUAGGAAUCGGCGGUAUUCAUCAGAUCCCGGGUCCCGCACAGUGGCCACAGACUACCGGUGGUAACGAUAUUUCGAGAUCGGGACAGAACCCAACGCCAGGCGCUCAGCAGUGGUCCGGUGGUAUACAAAGCGAGAAUCAGUACCAAAGCCAACCGAUCCAAUGGGGACAGCCCUCCAGGACUGACCAGUGGUCACCGACACAGGCGGCUCCACAACAACAGCCUCUGAGUGGCCAGUGGUCACCGGCUGCCCCACAACAACAGCCCCAGACUGGCCAGUGGUCGGCACCGGCAUCAGCCCCACCUCCGAUAUCCAUAGCAGAUCAAUGGGCCCAACGAUCACAGCAAAAGGCACCUCAACAAUGGUCUAACACAGGUCUGGCCCCUCCCCGUCCGGCCCCCGCCGGUGGCCAGAGUUGGCAAAAUGCUGUUCAACACCCAUCCGCGGGUCAGACCGUUCAGGCCGGCCAUCACUGGCCCCCGCAGUCACCGGCAGCCAAAGCGGCCCGUCUGGGCGACUUGGGUCAACCCAACCAACCCCUGCCACAACCGCAACAAGGUUUACAGCCAUCAGGAGCUCAGUCCCCGCCCGUACCUCCCUUUCCCGGUGAAGCCCCGUCCGCUUGGCCUCAGUCGCCGCCCCCUCAGAGCCCGAGUCAGUUCGAUAGCGCGGCUUAUCAGCCGAGUGUAGGACAUCAACAGCAGCCGCAACAGGCGUGGGGUAACACCGGCACAGCUCAGGGUACCGGUGCUGGCGAUCCCUUCGGCGCCUCACCCUAUGUUCACUUUCGUAUCGACCAUACGGUAGACCAAAACCAACCGCCCCUACGAUACCAGUACUCCUAUUAA